ACUAAACUUUGCUAUAAACACUUUUGAAAUGGAUCCAGGCUACACCGAAAAUGAGGUUGACUAUCGUUCCCUGGGCAACAUGCCGGGCUUGGAGUGGAAACUCCUGCGGUACAAGUGUCGCGAAUUACGACUGGAAGGCAUUUACCAACGUCACCGCCUUUUGAUUUCGGUGGCCUUUGCGAGCCAGGUUUUAAUUGUCGUCGAAAUACUGAUGCUUGUUCACGUGAUUUUGCUGUUCAGCGUGGUUAAGGACAUCGAUUUGAUCACUGUUCUCCCCUAUUUCGCGGUGAUGUUGAUCACCCCUCCCAUUUUGAUGGCCAGCAGCGAGCCCAAUGCCGAGCACCACGAUCGUACAGCCAUUUUGACAAGCUGUCUGAUGGCCCUUCUCCUAACUUUAAUGGAUUUGAUAUUGCCCAUUUGUUACUUCACCUCUCAUUCGCUGGUGCCAAGUUACGAUCAUGUGGUGAUUGUUAUGAUUUAUCUAAUGUUUCCCAUUGCCUUUGUGGAAAACGGAAGAGUUUACCUGUUGGGAUUGUCCGUUUCGCUGGUGUACUUUGCCUACAUGGUGUGGAUGGAGAUGAAGACACAUGGAGAAGAUUACAAAAUUUGGGAGCUGAUCAUUUAUGCGACGUACAUCCUCUUCCUCAACCUGAUCUGCAUGUUCUGCUCGGGAUUUCGGGAGUACUACAUGCGGCGUGGGGUUCUCAGUCGCUAUCAGUUGGUUUACCAGAACAUGAUAUUUCAGAUAGCCAUGAAAAAGGAAAAGGCCUUGCUGGACUCCAUUAUGCCUCUGACGCUGGCACGCGUCUUGCAAGAUGCCAUCACAAGUCACAUCGAGGAAAAUCCAAAUGGUCUAGUCCCCUUCUCAAGAACUCGCCAUUUGUUCGUGGAACCGCAUUCGGAAGUGUCUAUUCUAGAAGCGGAUAUGGUCAACUUUACGCUCCUGACCACCACAAUGGAAGUACCCGAACUGGUGUCCAUUCUGCACGAAUUGUUCGUCAGUUUUGACCUGGCUGCCAAUCGAAAUAGGGCGACACGCAUCAAGUUCCUGGGGGAUUCCUACACCUGUGUCACUGGGAUUCCGGACUACUUCCCCACCCACGCCAAUGCCUGCGUUAACCAGGCUCUGGACAUGAUUGAUAUAAGCCGGGAGGUGAGUCUGCGCCGCAGUCGGAAGAUUGAACUCAGGAUCGGGGUGCACUCCGGGGAAAUAUUGGCGGGCAUUAUUGGACACACCAAGUGGCAGUUUGACAUCUGGUCGAAAGACGUGAACAUCGCCACUCGUCUGGAGACGUUUGGACUACCGGGAAUGGUGCACAUUUCCAGCAGGACACUCAGUUUGCUCGACAAUCACUAUGUUUUCGAGGAGGGUACCGAUACGGCCAAAGAUGAUCCUCUCCUGCAAAAGGCCAACCUGAGUACCUACCUGAUCAAAAGUCGUCUGCCUGAUUACGAAGAGUCCGAUGAUUUUGAAGACGACAAUUUCUCUUUGAGCGAUGACUACCGUUUCACUUUCCGGGAGGAUUACGAGGACAUACAGAUUAGGGCCCAGCGGGAGAUGAUCCUCGAGGUGGAGCACAUGCCAGUAAAUCGAGUCCAGUCGUGCAGGUUUAGACCUAAAGAAGAAAAAGCUAAACAGAACAUCAACGAGGAGUACCGGUUCAAUCUCGAGUCGUUCUACCCCUUCACCACUUUUCGAAACUGGAGAACGGAAUGGGCUUUCAACAAACGACCGGAUCUCUUGAUGAAGUACAGCCUAAUAAUGGUGGUCCUUGCUGGAUUUACGAUCAUAUCCAUGGAUCUAAUCGAACAGAUUGAUGAUUAUGACUACACCGUACUGUUUUGUUUGUUUCUUGUCAUACUGUUGGCCCUUGUCGUGGCAGUCUAUAAGAAGCUCUGGCUAAGAGGCCGUCGACUCACUCCCUUAACACGGCCCUCCUUUUUUCUGAGUCGCUGGAUGUUCAAGCUCUCCGAUCUCAUCGAGCAGUCCAUAUUCGUCCGAGUUCCACUGGCCAUCGCUGCGCUGUCCAUUUUAUAUGCCAUGUCCUCGGAGGCAGUGUUUUCUUGUGACAUAGCCAGACUCGAGCUGGAGAUUAUAGACUCGGAGCUGCACAACUUUACACCCAAGUUGUUUUGCUUCCUGCCCUGGGUAGUGACUUAUGCAGUGAUCAUUGUUCUCAGUCUCUUGCUUGUCAUCGUUGGGGUACCGCUGAUCAUCAAGAUGCUUGUGGGCCUCGCCAUUCUCACCUGCCACGUGUUUACUGUCAACGCCUACUAUGGAUUCGCCUUCGAGAGGGCGGAGACCACCAAUGUGGGCGUGGUAUCGAGCUUAGCUCACACCUGGUACCUGGUGACAUUCUUCAUCGUGGUGUUGGUCCGCGAAGGUUACAUCAACUACAUCCAGAAGGCGUCCUACUUCAUGGGCAUGUGUUUCGAGAAGAAGCACGAGGAGACCAAAGUUAUAACACGGUCCAUUAAGAUCAUCAUGGCCAACAUCCUGCCUUCCCAUGUGGCCGAGGUAUUUAAGACUCGUCGGCGAAGCGAUCAGCUGUAUUACGAGAACUUCCCCGAGGUGGCAGUGAUGUUCGCUACCAUUGAGAAUUACCAGGCGGAUAAAUACGGACUGAGGGCUCUCCAUGAGAUUAUUUGCUACUUCGACGACAUUUUGAUGAAUUACCAGAGCAGAAACAAGAUUGAGAAGAUCAAGGUCAUGGGUUGGACCUACUUUGCUGCCUGUGGCCUUGACCACUACGAUGACUUUUCGAUCAGUGUCCCAGGCUCAACAAAUCUGGAUAUGGAAAAUGCACAAAAAUCCGCUUCCGUUCGUUUUGCCCCUCUGGAUGAGGAUGAUGAUGAGAUUGAGACCCCCUGGAACCCAUCCUUGGCAUCAGUAAACCAGGUCGAUAAAACAGUCCUGGUCAUGACUGAAUUCGCUUUAAAUAUGCUAAGGGUAAUGCAGGAGAUUCGGACAAAGGGUGUGAUCUUUGAGAAGGACUCCAUAUUGACUGGCAGCCUUAAGAUAGGUAUUGCCCAUGGUCCCGUGAUGGCUGGCGUUGUGGGACUUUCGAAACCGCACUAUGACAUCUGGGGUCACACCGUCAACAUGGCCUCCCGAAUGAGCUCCACGGGUGUGCUGGAUGGCAUCCACGUGACCCAGAGCACCUCCAACAUCCUGCGAGAUCUGAACAUCCGGUGCAAUUAUCGGGGACAGACGUUUGUGAAGGGCGUGGGCGAAGUGCCCACUUACCUGGUGGCCCUCGGUCAGAACCUACAGUUCCAGCCCCACCACAAAAGCGACGAUUCAAAAAGCAAAUCUAGCCUAAUCUCCGUGGAAUGGAUGGAUGAAAAAGAGGCUAAGAAAUUUGAUUAUUAA